AUGCAUACUAUCAUUGGUGUAGCGUUGCUCCAUCUGAAUCGCAUGCUCCCGUAUUGCAAGAUCAGGCAGGCAGCAGAAGCCCAUCACUGGCUAAAAGCGAUCAAAAGAUAUCGAGAAGCGCUUUCCUACGAAGUUAGUGCUGCAAACAUAGAUGCUCUUUUGACUUCAUGCAUGCUCAUGGCAGUUAACUGCAUGUGCCCUGAAAACUUCACCCCAAAGGACUCGUGGGUCCUGACUUCUGAUCCAUCAGCCAUGAACUGGAUAUACCUCCAAAACGGCCUACCUUACCUUCUGGAGGUUGGUGGCCCCUUUAUUCCUCAAAGUAUCUGGGGUCCUGCUUUUGUAGCUGCAGAGGAAGCUCACGACGAGUUACUGAACGAUUGUCUUCAGGGAAGAGAAGGCAUGAACCCGAAAUUGGCUGAUUUCUGUGGAAUAACAGAUUUAACCACAGCCGAGACUAGCCCUUAUUUUAAGCCACUACAAGUUGUAAGCACGAUGCUGGAGAUGGAAAAAAGUCCUUCCACGGCUGGGUAUUUCUCAUCCUUCCUCGGCCAUUUGGGCCCUCGAUUCCUCGAACUGCUGAGGGUCAGAGACACAAGAGCGCUCAUCAUCAUGGCCCAUUGGAUGGGUAUCAUGUGCCUGAUAUCACACUGGGAGCCUUGGGUAGAGGGAAGGAUCAGGUCCGAAUGCAUUGCCAUAUGCAUCUAUCUUACUCCUAGUGCAGACGCCCAACUUCUAGAACUGCUUCGGUUUCCAUCUAUUGCCUCGGGGUUUAUAAAUACUGAAUAA